AUGAUUUUACUUUUUUCAACCACCCUGUUGUUGUUUAAAAGGGAUCGUUUCGCUAUAAUAAGUCAUUCUAUUUUGUUGUCUAUCAUCUUUUAUAACAUUCGCUUCAUCAGCGGAGUGACCAAUUACACAUCAUUAGGUAAAUAUGCCUACCUUCCACGAUCAUCUAUGCAACCGGAGAAGAAAUACAGUGAAGAGAAUACCAACUAUAAAGUCAGAAAUAUAAAAAGGAAUAUAUAUGAAGUUAAGGCGCCAUUCGAUAAGGAGCACGCAAUAGAAUACUUUUCAAGCUGCUUAAAGGCAUCAUGUAAGACUUUUGAGCCCAGAGAAAUCCCGGAAGGGGAAAUAUUGACAUUAACUAAGCAGGUCGCAACACUAGGGCCUGCAACAAAUAAUGCAGAAUCAAUAAAAUCAUUAUUCGAUGCAGGCGUGGAUGUAUUCAGACUCAAUUUUUCUCAUGACUCAAGGUUAUCUAAAUAUCUGGUUUCUAAAACCAUAAGGCAACUGGAAGUAACUGAACCACCCCAAAAUUAUCCAUUUAACGAGAAGUUUGUUAUAGAACACAAAUCUAUACUAGGAGACAUACAAGGCCCUAAACUAAGAAUUGGAAAAUUUAUGCCUAAUUUGGAUGUGCCUGGAGUUUUACCAGGGAGUAAAGGUUGUGAAUUUGUUGAAUUGAAGGCAGGAGAUUUGUUCACGUUCGAUGCCUACGAUGUUUUGGGAAGCAAAAGCAGAGUCCAGCUGGAUUUCCCAGAAAUUUUGAAGGAACUAAAGGUGGGUGACAAGAUCCUACUGGAUGACGGAAAUUUGUCCAUGACUGUAGUUUCAACAAAUCCGGAAGAACCUUCCGUUACAGCUGAAGUUAAAAAUGAUUAUAAGCUUUCUAGCAGAAAGGGCUUUUCAGUGCCAAAUGUAGUUUUACCAAUAGAGUUUCUGGACGAAAAGGACGUUAAGGAUGCAAUAUUCUGUCUGGGGAUUGGAGUUGACUUCCUCGGAGUGAGUUUCGUCCAGAACAAGUCCGACAUUCUGUACUUGAUAAACAUUUUAAAUGAUUUUUAUACAUCUGACUAUUACCAACAACUUAAGGAAAGACUAGAUAACCUUGACGUGGAGGUUUUCGACGCAAAUCGUGAGGACACAAUUGUUGAGGAUAUUCUAAGUAGGUACUAUAACCAGUCUUACCUUCCCAAAAAGGAUAUUUUCAAAACUGUGUUACCGAAAGAAAAUCUUUCAGGAGUGGGAAUAAUUCCAAAAAUUGAAAAACAGGCUGCUCUUGACGACAUUCAUGAAAUUCUCAAGGUUUCAGACGGGCUCAUGGUUGCUAGAGGUGAUUUGGGCAUAGAAACUGACCUAGCCAAUUUACCAAUAGUACAAAAGAGGCUGAUUCAGCUUUGUAGAGUAGUAUAUCGGAAACCAUGCAUAGUUGCGACCCAAAUGUUGGAGACUAUGAGAUCAUCACCAACUCCGACGAGGGCCGAAGUCUCAGACGUAUCAAAUGCAGUUUUUGAUGGAGCCGAUGCAGUUAUGUUAUCGGCAGAAUCUGCAACUGGUCAUUACCCUAAGGCAAGUGUGAACGUCCAGAGGAGGGUUUUAUUCACCACAGAAAUGGAUCCAUACUUCCCUACCAUGCAGAUUAUUAAAGAAAUGUUAAUAGACGAGAAUCUCAUAUCAUCAAUAAAGUCUCAAAGGCCUCACUUGUAUAAAAAGAUGGACAACUUACUGAAUAUUGAUAUACACCACUAUAACGAGUACUUGAAGUCAAAGUCGCACUUGAAGAAGUGUCUCGACGAUGUAGCCGACAUUUUCGCCUACAACGACGUGGAUGUCAUUGGUAUCCACUGCGAUGACGGGCUUGAGUUUCUACAGUGGAUAUCUAGUCAAAGGUAUAUGAUCCCCAUUGUUGUGGUAACCAGCAAUCCCACUCUUUCGAGGCACUCUCAGCUCACCUGGGGAGUAAAGUCGCACUUUUUGCCCAGGGGUGCUGACCCUCUGGAGUUUUUCAAGUAUGUUGUAAAGCAGUAUCCCAUUCCAAUCAAAGAUGCCGUCUAUUUACAGAGUAGGGACAACAAAAUCGAAUCCUAUCAAGUUUUAAAACUAGAAUAA